AAAAAUCUCACAUCUCUACAAACAUCUGCUCUUUGAAUUGAAUAAAAUUUCUUGAAUUGUCAGUAGUGUCAAAAAGAUAUAGAAAAUAUUGUCAAUAAUUUAUAUUUAUUGCAUUUAAUUUUUACAGAGCUUGCAAUUAAACUGCCAAUCAUCUAAACUUGGCGAAUUUUUUAAACUGACAACAAAUUAUAGGUUACACAUAGUAUGUGCUACUGAAACAGUAACACAUUAACCCACAAUGACUCAAAACAAUAGGAAACGAGGCCGAAAUCCUAAAGAAGAUGAGAUUGAAUUCAUGCCCUUAUCAAAAAGAAUAAAUAACCUUCAUAUCAAUGGUAGCAUGCUCUUAGAUAAUGCUAGUCAUCCCAGUACUAUGAACUCUGCAGAAUGGGGCCCCGGACCUCCAAAUUACAUCAACUACAUUCCUGAGUCUCCACCUAGUUCUGAUCAAAGCCUCGAUUCCAAUAUUUUGCAUUAUCAACAAACGGAAUACACGCCUGACUUGACAGAAGUACAGAAUCCUCACUACUUUAAAAUUAACAAGUUGCUUUUUGAGAUGUAUAUUCAGAGAGUACAAAGAGGAUGCCAAAAUUGAUAACCCUCGUUUAUAUUGUACAUACCGAUUGGGAAUUUUCUCAUGGUUGGUAUUGGCCUUUAAUGAGAGCGACAAAGAGACAUGUAUUUAUUAUACAUUUAAAAUGGGCUAGAAGAUAUACGACGGCAAAGCGAGGUAGCACGAACAACCCACUUCAUGUCGUAGGUAGGGCUAUCUCAGAACAGCGUUGCCAAAGUAGAUUCAAAAAAGAAAAUAACUAAGUAGAAAAAAUUAUAAUAUUUAACUUAUUGUCUUCUUCUUCUUCUUUUUAUAUAGACAUUACUCUGUCUGUUUUUCAAUGUGCCUCCAGUAAGUUGUCAUUCCAUUUUUUCAUGGUCUUCCCACUGGUCGUCUUCCUAUUAAGGAACCGUCUCUCGCCGUCCUUACUACUCUAUUUGUUGUCAUUCGGCUUAUGUGGUCGUUCCAUUCUACUCUUCUGCUUUUCACCCAGUUAUUAAUGUUGUCCACCUUGCAUCUCCUUCGUAUAUCUGCACUUCUAGCUCUAUCCCACAUCGUCUUACCAUCGAUUUUUCGCAAUGUUUUCAUCUCUGCUGUUUCUAGCAUUCUUUUUGUCCUUUCUGUAUCAGAUCGUGUUUCUGCCGCGUAUGUCAUUAUUGGUCUGAUGACUGUUUUGUACAUUCUGGCUUUCACUUCUUUUCCGAUGUUUUUAUUUCUCCAUAUUUUUUCAUUCAGGCAACCUGCGGCUCUGUUUGCUUUAUUCACCUGAUCUUCCACUUUUGUUUCGAGCGUUUCGUAGCUGCAUAGUGUGAUGCCUAGAUAUUUAAACUCCAUGACUUGUUCUAUUAUUUGACGCUCCAGCUCUAAUUUACACCUUAUUAGAUCUGCUGUUAUAACCAUGCAUUUAGUCUUUUUUGGGGAAAUUAACAUGUUAAAUUUUCUAGCGGUUAUAUUAAAUUCGUGCAGCAUACGCUGUAAAUCAUCUUCACUUUGAGAGAUUAGUAUUGCGUCGUCUGCAUAGCAGAUUAUUUUAAGUUGUUUUUCUCCCAUUUGGUAUCCUUUUUUUGUUCUUACUUUUUUUAUUAUUUCGUCCAUGAUCAGGUUGGACAACAGAGGACUCAGGGAAUCUCCCUGUCUUAUCCCAUUGCCAGCUUCAAUUGGGUCAGUUAGUUCAUCAUCUACAUUUACUUUUAUUGUGUUGUUCUGGUAGAUAUUUUCGAUCGUUUUAAUUAUUCCUAGAGGUACCUCUCUUGCGUACAAUAAAUGGAUAACAUCCUUUAAUUUGACCCUGUCGAAUGCCUUCUUAAGGUCCACGAAACAUAAGUAUGCCGAAAGUAUAACUUAUUGUAAACAAGUGGGUUAAGUUAAAUAUUAUAAUUGUUUCUACUUUGUUAUUUUCUUUUUAAAUCUACUUUGGCAACGCUGUGCUGAGAAAGCCCUACCUACGACAUGAAGUGGGUUGUUCGCGCAACCUCGCUUUGCCGGCGUAUAUCUUCUAGCCCGUUUUAAAUGUAUAAUAAAUACAUGUCUCUUUUUCGCUCUCAUUAAAGGGCGCAAACCAAGCAUGAGAAAAUUCCCAAUCGGUAUACCUAUGUUUUGAAUUAGAACAAUAGUACACCUCUUGAGAGUUAAUUGACAUUAUAAUUACUCUAAAAGACUUAUCGACUGUGUUGAGCUUAAAAAUAAAUAUUAAUUGUUUUAUCAUCGAAAA